CGCUCUGGCACACUAAGACAAGAGUGCUCUGAAAUUGGAGUAGAUAGCCAAAGUGAAUUUACAAACGCACUCACUGUCUCUUUAAGAAUGCGGAGAAUGACCUGUCUAUUGUGACAUCACAGACACAUCACUGUGGAACAGCAGCAGCAGAAUAUUUUGAGAGCCUCCCAAUCUGCUGUGUCUGGAGCCUGGAAGCCGAUGGCGCAGAAAUUAGGCUACUGGUGUGUUCUCUUACUGGAGCCAGCUUGAAAUUAUUCAUUGAGUUUUCCCUCUGGAGUUUUUCCUGUUUGGUAAGCCCUUUGAUGGUGGGAAGAGGAUGGACCAUGGCAGCCAGCAGCAGCAGCAGCACCCAGCCAUGAUACGGCUCUGUGAGGUCCAGCGGGAGGUCCAGUCUCUGGGCCCUCAGGUGUGCACCUUCAGCGGGCUAAAGAUCGAGCGGGAGUACCGGCGGCUGGAGCGCGAGCUGACCCGGCUGCUCCUGGAGGUGGACCAGGUGGACACGGAGGGCAGGGCAGACCUACAGGGGGCACGCAAGCGAGCGGCCCAGGAGGUAGAGGGGCUGCUGCGCUACCUGGAGGAGAACGCCACCCACCCGUCCCGCCUGGCCAUUGAGGAGCUGAGCAGGGAGGCCCAGAGGCUGGUGGAGCAGGGUGUGGUGGAGCCUCAGCGGGCCGGGGGCACAGCAGAGAUCAGUGAUGAGCUGGUGGACGCCGUGCAGGAGCUGAUACUGAGGCUCACCCAGGUGAAAACAGGAGGGAGGGUGCCCCUCCGCAAGGCUCGCUACCGGGCCCUGACACGACUGUGUGCCGUGCAGGACGUGAUCGAGGGGCGCACGCGCCAGCAGACUCUGCCCCUGUCAGAAGACACGCACACGGCCGUGCAGAGGAUCAACCAGGUGAUGGUGCAGGUGAGUGGGGCACGCAGCCAGCUGGUGGCCCUGCUGAUGGGGCUGAGUGGGAGGGAUAGCUGUGCCCACCUCUCCCGCGUGCUCACUGAGCUCCUGGUGGAGCUGGACGCCCUGGACGUGUCGGGGAACGCAGCGGUCAGAAACUACCGCAAACAGGUGGUGGAGGAGAUCAACGGCCUGCUCAAACACCUGGACCUGGAGGGAGAGGGAGACGACACACGCAGGUAUGACUUGGGGCAGAAUGAUUCUAUCCGUCAGAUUGAAGCGGUGCGGGGUCGGGUGGGCCAGCUGCAGGGGGAGGUCCUGCGACACUGUGGGGUGGGCGACCUCUUCAGGCCCAAGCCUGAGCUCCAGAGUCUCCUCACACACCUGGACCAGGUAGACACGGCCCGUAACCCCUGUAUCCGUGAAGCCCGGCGGCGUGCCGUGCUUGAGGUCCAGGCUGUCAUCACCUUCCUGGACCUCCGUGAGGCCCUGAUCUGCCGCCAGCCCAGCCCCAACGAGCCCUCACAACACAGGGCUGUGUGGAUGGUCCUGGGCAGCCUGUCAGACCUCCAGGCCCAGGUACUCUGCUUCAAUGGCAAGCAGGCCGACAAGAGCUACAUGCUGCUGGAGGAGCUUCUGACCAAACAGCUGCUGGCUCUGGACGCAGUUGACCCACAGGGUGACGAGAUGACUAAGGUGUCCCGCAAGCAAGCAGUCAAGUUUGCCCAGAACAUCCUCAGCUAUCUGGACAUGAAGACAGAUGAGUGGGAAUACUGAUCCACUGGAAAAGACUGGACAUAGCUGAAGUAUGAGUAGGAUGCCCUAUGAAAUUGUAUAUAAACUGGUGCAUCAUCGUUCAAA